CACCAGCAGAACCCACGAUCGGUUAGAAUAUUUCCAACACUAGGUAGCUAAAAAAGCGGGAGUCUCAGUUUGGACAAAAUUAAUGCGAAAUAAAGGAAUUGUGAGCCAUCAUGGAGACGCCGAAGGGUAGUGGGUGCUCCACGCGCCCCGCUCGCACGGCCACCCCGCGUCUCUCGGAGCGCAAGCGGCAACUGUUCGGCAGUCCGGUCUCCAGGCUGCGCAAGAUAAAUGACGACGACGAAGAUGAGGACGUAGACAGUCUGGGAGUCUUGCCCUUGAAGCCCCAUGUGGCGGCCAACAAGCAGGGCAGAAGCCUCUUCUCCGAGGGCACGAGGAAAUUGAGGAGCAGCUCCAGCAGCAGUCCGGAAACCAACAAGGAGAACAAGAAAACCCGUGGAGGAGUCGUCGGGGCUGCCACCGCAGAGCAACUGCCUCAUUUGUUUACCACAACCAUGCGGCUAAACAGCAAUAGCAGCAACAACAGUAGAAACAGCAGCCCCCGCACACCCAAGGUGCAAAGAAAACGGGCGGAUUCGUCUAUGUCUUCGCCGUCCUCUUUUGAGGAAUCCCCAUCCCCACGGAAGGAGCGGGCCAAUCCCAGUCCCACAACGGCGAUCAGGACCAGCUGCCGACGCAGCCCACGUACCUCUAAUGCGCAGAAGAAUCGGGAAGUGUUUUCUUCACCAGAAACUUCCAUCCAAGCCACAGGAAGUAGACAAAGCAAGGUCAGAACAAUUGGUAUGGGCACCCAGAGUGCAACCCCUGCUGUAAAGUCUCCUAGAAGCAGGCAGAGCAACAAUAUAAGGACCACUGACCAAGUAGAUACCAUUAAACCGAAAAAAAAGAGCCCGGAGAACAGCAGUAAUGGGCCAAAGUCUCUUGUUGAAAUAUCCCAUUUGAAGGCCGAAGUAAUCCCAAUUGGUAAAACCUCCAAGAACAGAACCAUAAUAACGGAGAGCAACAGUCCCAAAUCUGCCAUUAGCCCAUCAAGACGUGGACACUGGAAAACCACAUCUACUGAAAAAGAAAUACCUAUUGUUAAAACCAGAUCAGAGAGCUUGACCAGAAGCAGUGGAAGUCCAUGUUAUCCUACUGAAGCGCCAGCCUCUAAUGACGAUGAAAAGCCAAUUAUUGAAACCCCAACAGUGAAUCUAGAAAAUAGCACCAAAAGAACCGACUUCCCAGUUGAAGUGCCCAGUGAUGUCAAAAAUAUUAAAACCACAGUAAAGAGCCUUGAAAUCAGCAGCAGAAAAAUUAAAUACCCAGUUAAAGUGUCCGAUUCGGAUGAAGAAGAAAACAUUCGUGUGCCCCUAAAGCGAGAGCACCCAGACACUUUAUCCACCAAGGUUUCCUCUUCUACAGAAUCCGACUCUGGAUCGCCGCAGAGCAAGAUGCGCAAGAUGACGCUGAAAAGCAGUAUUCCCACCAUGGCCUUCUAUUCCCACAGUGGAGCAACUGCUACAAAGUCGAGAGGCACGCCCACCACAUCUAAGACUUCAAUACGGCGAACGACAAAAACCUCGCCAAACUCCCGCCCACAACUGGGUAUCAACAAAGGAGUAAGCCACAAAAUACGCAAGCGCCAGGGACUUCAAAAAAGACUACCAGCCACAGAUUUGAAAAACAUCCUCAACAGUCUGAGCAACGAAAGGCUGAAGAACCUGAUCACCACCAAGCGGGAGGAGCGCGCAAAGGUGGAGGAGGUGCACCAGAUCCUGCGUAGUGCCAGGGAUCCAAUCAAAAUGGCCAAACCAUUAAGUGUGAUUGAAGCUGACGAUGCCAACAAUAACAAUAAUAUGCCAGUGACCAUGUGGCAAGAAACAUCCGCCGACUUCUCCGACCUCAGUGAGGAUGAGGACAAGGCUCUGAUCGAUAGUCCCAUCAUUGAGUUGGAGCCCAUUAUACCACUGAUUCGGCACGAGCCGGUCUACAAUGCCCCGCCAGCCGAGACAGUGGAUCUCAGCAAGCGCAAGUUCUUCAAAUCCGGCCGGCGGAGCAGCACCUGCAUGGAGGUAAGGAUCACGGACAACAUCCGAGCCAGUGUCAGCAAUGGAAAGAUCGCCCUGGUCCAAACGCCACGCCGGAAGCCACGGACAGUGCGCGUCAAGUCGGCAACGAUAUUUUCAGCAGAGCAGGCUACGGUGGAUGCGAUCCUGAAGAACUUGGAUGACACGGUGAUAGACGAGAUUGUUGAAUCAAAACCGAUGGCUGUGUUCACGCCCAUGGUUACGGAGGACACUCCCAUGGACAUAGAGCCCUUACCCGAUAUAAUUGAGUAUGCGCCAGAAAUGACGGAUGCUGAAAUUGAUCCCUUUGCUCUAUUUCGUCAGCGUUUGCCCUAUCAAACAGAUGAUCCCGACGUCGUGGAGCAGCAGAAAAUCCUACUGGAGUUUCUCAUUAGCAACAACAUUUGCACAGAAGAGAAUUUUGAUAUUUUCAUAGCAAAUCCGGACAACCACAAGGAGGAGGCCAAUCGGAUUGUUGAUGAUUUGUACAUGGUAGUUAAUAGCGAAGAGGCUGCGCAGGUGGUUCAAAUGGAAGCUCUGCCGGAACCAUUACUAGAUAGCUUGCCACAACAGGAUCCUCAAGCAAUAGAGGAUGUUCAGCCCAGGCUAUUUCCCAUAUUCACGCAGCGCUUGCAGCCCGUUGUCCAGAAGUCAACGCGGCGUCGCCCGGAUACAUCCAUGAGAUUACUAUCGAUGGCAGCGGGGGGAUCCAAUCAGUACCAGAUCGAUGCGGGACAAAAGGCCUAUGGAGCCCGGCAGUGCCAGCAGUGCGGAUUGGUUUACACCGUUCACGAACCGGAGGAGGAGCAGCUGCAUCGCGAGUACCACAACUCUAUUCAUGUCUUGCGAUUCAAGGGUUGGAUCGACGAGGAUAUUGUGGCCGUUUAUCCGGAGUGGGCCAGCGAUGGUCGUAUCAUUCGAAUCAACGAACGCGCUCCGGCGGCCAGACUAGAGAGACUCCGGGACCUCAUCGGGGUUGUGGAUAAGGAGCUGGGCUACUCCUCGUACUUUCUGCCAAAGAUCUUUGUGGCCUUCUUGGCGGUGCGGAAGCAGCAGAUUGUGGGUUUCUGCCUGGUGCAGCCCCUGUCGCAGGCCCAUCGGUUCAUCCAAGUCGACGGCACGGACUACUUCAGCGAGGAGAGCUACGCGGCCAGCUGUGGUGUGUCUCGUAUUUGGGUUUCUCCCCUGCAGCGGCGCUCCGGGAUUGCCAGCAAGCUCCUCCGUGUCGUCCAGUGCCACACUGUGCUCGGUCAGGAGAUCGCCAAGGAGUACAUUGCCUUCAGCACGCCCACCGACGAUGGGCGAGCUCUGGCGCGCCAAUUCACCGGGUUAGAUAACUUCCUGACCUUCGACUAGUGAUCGGGGAAACCGGCUAUUGAAUAGCUGAAUUAUUUUUGAGUUAGGAUUGCUUCGGAACCUGUAAUAGUUGAUAAGAAAGAGCGAUUACGUUACGAGCGGCAAGAAGGCGCGGUAUUUCAUUUUUUUCAAUUGUGGGCCUGAAUAUGCCUGUUUUUUGCAAUAAUUUUGAUUUCUCACCCUUGUUUUGAAUCGCGUUAUUUUCGAAAAUAUAGAUAAUUAUUGUUUCAUA